ACGCUCAUUCCGAUUGGCUAGAAAAGUAAUCAGCUAACAAUGGCUGCCUCCACAAAUUUCUCAUCACCGUCAACAAUCUGGUCAAGAUUUCAACUUGCCUAUGGAAGACCCCUAAAUCAAAGAUGCCUGGAACUAGAACAACUCAUUAAUAAUUCAAGCAAUAAAGACUUAAGCAGUAUACUGCCAGGAUUAUUAGAGAAUAUAUUUGGAUCAGGUACCGAGCCAGGAUGGUCUUUGGAUACAAUAACAAAAUCACAACCACACAGUGAUUUUGAUGGUGUAUUUAGGUUUUUAGGUCCAGAGGGACCCCUGAUGAAACUUGUUUGUCACCUUCAGACAGAUCCCUACCUGAUGUACGAAUUUCCCUUUGCCAGUCUACCUAAUCCAACAAGACAUAUGGUUGAAGAAGGAAGUUUGCCGAUGUUUUAUGUGAAUAAACUACAGUUUCAGAGUUACUCUAAACCCAUCCUUAUGUUAGGGGCAUUUGAGCUAUACAUGUUUCACUUCUCAGUGACCCUGGUAUCAAAACAGUGGCAGAUGAAAUCUCUCAACUGGAACAACAUGACAGAAGUUGUCUACCCUUGCCUCCUUGACAAAUAUCUUGACUAUUUUUUACCCCUCAAUAAAAAGAGUCUUCCAAAAUUCCCACAGUCCAUCAGUACACCAGUUCGAAGUCCCAUGAUGCAACAAACACCAACAAGCCAGAAACAUUCCCUGGAAGGGGUCACAGAAAAGAUUUUGGCAGAGUUCUGGUUGAAUCAAAAUACCCUAGACAUUGAGAAGGGUAUAUCACCACAAAAUUUGAAUAACUCAUGGUCUAGUUCCCAUGUGUCAGACUCAUUUAUGACAUUUUAUGAAAGUUACAUGCCAAGCAACAAUCAUGUGAGACUUGUUCGCUUAUUCCUGAAGCAUAUACACUACUUUGUCAACACUGCAGAACCAGAGCCAGUUAACUCCCCUUAUCAGACAGCAGAGUCAUCUCCCCUAGAUGAAUUUAAAAGAUCUUUGCUACCAACAGUUUUACAGAAGAAAAUCUAUGGAUUCCUCAAACAUGGCUUUGAAAGAUGGCCUUUAGAUUCUUCAUUUAGACUUAUGCUAGAGACUUGGUUAACAUACAUACAACCAUGGCGUUAUAUAGAACCAGGACAGGGGGCUCAGGGUAAAGAUUCAGACAAAGUGAACGACACAUGGUUUGCAUUUAUUCGGGACAAUUUCCUGUUUUAUACAGCAUUGUUCCACGAGUUUCUACAGAGAACAAAGAGGAUGCAUCUGACAUCUUUAACUAACGCUUACAUGGUGUUCCGAGUUGCCAAGGUGCUGACAUUAACCAAUCUACCACAGUUACUACGAGAAGCUGAGAAGAUGAUGUAUAAUUCAGCGUACAAACAUAUUCAGGACCUAGGUGGUAGUUACAUAGCACCGGAACUUAGUGCAAUACUUCGCUUCCAGAUAACCGAGCUAGAGAGACCGGAAUAUCAUUAUGUUAACAUGUUUGGAAGAGAGACAGAAGCAGAGGUACAGAAUGUUCUACAGCAGAUUCUGUCAGCUAAGACGAUGGUCAGUUCUCAACAGCCUGAGAAAAAAGUAGAGAAGUCCGGCUUCGCAUCUUUCUUUGAUUUCUCAACAUUGUUUGAGGAUAGUGCCAAAGCUUAUGGUGAUAUGAGUUCUUCAGAGGUGAAAAAAUUAGUGUUGCAUCUCGACCAGGCAGCAAGCAAUUUAUCAUAUCUCUUCUCUUUGAAACUUUCUGAUCUCACUGUGCCACUGUCUCCCGGCUUUGACCACAUGCACAGUCUACAGGCAGGGGACCAGUCUUCAUUCUUCAACACAACUAUGUCAAAUUCUGCCCCGAGAACCCCUGACUGUGAACUGACAAGGAAUGGGCCACACCUUACACCGAUUGGCAGAUAUCAGUUGAUGAAUGGAUUGCGAAAGUUUGAAAUAGGCUAUAAUGGUGACCCAGACUUACAACCAAUCAGAAGCUUUGAAAACAGUACUCUAGUUAGAGUGUUGUAUCGUAUGUCGGCCUGUGUUAACAAGAUGUUUCAGAAGGAAAUUUGUAACCUUUACCAGAGGGAUGAUCUUAUUGGUAGAAUGUCUCAGGUAUAUUUUGCUGCCCCGUUGUCGCCGUCCAAGAUUCCCAGCUCACCAUUAAGUGCAGAAACAUUGCGAUCUUUACGUACACCAAGAUUAAGCCUUAGAUUUCUUGCAAGUUAUCAGACGUUACUAUAUUUAGGUUUAAUGUACGCAAUAUUUAGACUGGGUUUCGGAUUUGGACCAGUCGGGUAUAUGGUAGUGUUGUUACUAUGUGUCCUAGUUUAUGGACUGAUUCGAGCAUUGACAUCAACAGAGGAGGUCAUCACAAACUGAGACAAAAAAAUCAAUGAAAGGAAGUCAACGGAAACAACAGUAAAAACAUGUCUCUUACAGUGAAAGGAAGGGUACAUAAAAAUAAACUCCAAGGAAGGGUACAGAAUAAUAAACUCUAAGGAAGGGAACAUAAAAAUAUGAACACUUUCAUCAAAACAUGUCCCCUACUGUCAUAAUAAAGAUACAAAAGGUGCAAACGUGAGCGACUUAUUACUACUGUUUUUAUCAAAAGAAGUCUUGCAGUUUAAUGUAAAAUGAUGAAAUAUUGAUGAAAUCAUUUAGAAUAUUAAGCAAGUACUAAUACGGCUGAAUACGAUACGAAAAUUGCUGAAUAACUUACCCUUUUAGUGAUAAUUUACAAACCUUAUCAUCAGUCUGUGGCAUGGCAAACAUCUUUGCAUUCUGCUCAGAUUUUUAAAAUCUUGUUACUGCUCAGCCUUGAUACUUUGAUAUUGGUGUUGACAUUUUCAAUUCAUUUUUUCAUCUAUGAAAGUUUCAGUUGCAAUGAACAAUACCAUAUGACAUAAUUAUAAGUAAAUUAAAUGAUAAAUUAUGUGCAAACUAAAGUCAAAUAGCCCAUAUGUGUUCAGGAUUUAGUAACAAGGGGAGGUUAUGCCCCUUUGGUUAUUAUAAUUGUUAUUAUCAUUUUUUGUUGUUGACAUUUUGCUUAUUCACAUAUUUAUUCUCAUUAGCUUUUUAUUUUGAAUAUAUUUUCCUUAGCAUAAAACCAUUGAAUGUCAGUCUACACCAUGAUGUUGUUUAAAACAAUCUUUGUCUUUCAGUGUUAAGCUUACCUGAUAAACUUAGAAACCUAAACCCUGAUAAGCUUUGAAACCUGAUAAACUUUGAAACCUAAGAGCUUAUAAGCUUUGAAACCUGAUAAAACUAUAAAAACCUUAAAAGCUUUGAAAUCUGAAACCUGAAAAGCUCUGAAACCAGAUAAGCUCUAAAAACCUGAAAAUCUUUGAAACCUGAUAAAAUCUGAAACCUGAAAAGCUCUGAAACCAGAUAAGCUCUAAAAACCUGAAAAUCUUUGAAACCUGAUAAAAUCUGAAACCUGAAAAGCUCUGAAAUCUGAUUAGCUCUAAAACCUGAAAAGCUCUGAAACUUGUUAAGCUGUAAAAAAAACCUUGAAAAGCUCUUAAAGAAGCGUGAUAAUAGUUUGACAACUAUUUUUCUAAUCAGUGCCUUUUCUCAUCCAUUGCUAUUUACAUGACAAAUUAAUGUAGAGACAUCUGCACUUCUUUUUUUU